ACUCAGAGGGAGUCUCACCUGAACCCCCCGCGAGCACCGAGCAGGUUAUCCCGGAGGCCAUGAGCGCGCCCGCCAACGACCCCGAGAGUAUCCUGAGUUACCAGAGGUCAGAUGAAGAGGUGGUGGUGGACCAAGGAGGAACCAGCUCAGUGCUGAACAUCCACUAUGAGAAAGAGGAGCUGGAAGGCCACAGGACCCUGUUUGUCGGGGUUCGGAUGCCAAGGCAGAGUCACCGUCACCACAAAACCCAUGGAUCCCGCCACCGCAAGCGAGACAAGAGGGCAGGAAGCAUCGCAACGCAGCAAAGCGAGGAAAAUGACACGACCGCCUCCACUCACGACACGCCGUCCCAGAGGGUCCAGUUCAUCCUGGGAACAGAGGAGGAUGCUGAACAUGUGGCCCACGAGCUGUUCACCGAGCUGGACGAGAUCUGUGUGAAGGAUGGCAAGGAUGCUGAGUGGAAGGAAACAGCCAGGUGGCUGAAGUUCGAGGAGGACGUGGAGGACGGUGGUGAAAGGUGGAGCAAGCCUUACGUGGCGACGCUCUCCCUCCACAGCCUGUUCGAGCUCCGCAGUUGCAUAAUCAAUGGCAGCGUGCUGCUUGACAUGCGUGCCGACUGCAUCGAGGAGAUUGCAGACAUGGUACUGGACCACCAGGAGGCGUCCAACGAGCUGGACGACAGUGUGAGAGUGAGGGUCCGAGAGGCUCUGCUGAAGAGACACCACCACCAGAAUGAGAAGAAGAAGAACCUGAUUCCAAUCGUGCGCUCCAUCGCAGAGGGCACACGAAAGCAGUCUGAGCCCCAUCUGACAGGUUCAGCCACAACUCCUCACCCCCCGCUGUCAGCUGAACCUUCCAAGAACGGUUCUGGACAGGACAACUCUCAAGUGGACCUCAGUAAGGUGGACUUACACUUCAUGAAGAAGAUCCCAGAGGGUGCAGAGGCUUCUAAUGUGUUGGUGGGAGAGCUGGACUUUCUGGAGAGGCCGAUUGUGGCCUUUGUGCGCCUCUCCCCUGCUGUUCUGCUCACCGGACUCACCGAGGUCCCCAUUCCCACCAGAUUCCUGUUCAUUCUUCUGGGCCCGGACGGAAAGGCUCAGCAAUACCAUGAAAUUGGGCGCUCCAUGGCAACCAUCAUGACGGACGAGAUCUUCCAUGAUGUGGCGUACAAGGCGAAGGACAGAGGUGACCUGCUGGCGGGAAUAGAUGAGUUCUUGGACCAGGUGACCGUGCUGCCGCCGGGUGAAUGGGACCCUUCCAUUCGCAUUGAGCCCCCGAAGAACGUCCCCUCUCAGGAGAAAAGGAAGAUGCCAGGAGUCCCGAAUGGCACAGCUUGUCAGGUGGAUGAAGAGCUCCAUGCCGAACACCACGGGCCAGAGCUGCAGAGGACUGGAAGGCUGUUCGGUGGUCUGAUCUUGGACAUCAAGCGGAAAGCGCCGUACUACGUGAGUGACUAUAAAGAUGGACUGAGCCUCCAGUGCGUGGCGUCGUUCCUCUUCCUCUACUGUGCCUGUAUGUCUCCUGUCAUCACCUUCGGAGGGCUUCUUGGGGAGGCGACAGAAGGACGCAUCAGCGCCAUCGAGUCCUUACUGGGAGCGUCUAUGACCGGAGUGGCGUACUCGCUGUUCGCUGGUCAGCCUCUUACCAUUCUUGGCAGCACAGGUCCGGUGCUGGUAUUUGAGAAAAUCCUCUUCAAAUUCUGCAAGGACUAUGACUUGUCCUACCUGUCCCUGCGGACCUGCAUCGGCCUGUGGACAGCCCUGCUGUGCCUGGUGCUGGUAGCCACAGAUGCCAGCUCUCUGGUCUGCUACAUCACCCGCUUCACAGAAGAGGCUUUUGCCGCCCUCAUCUGCCUCAUCUUCAUCUACGAGGCUCUGGAGAAGCUGGUCCACCUGGGGGAGAUCUACCCCUUCAACACACACAGCGACCUGGACAAACUCACUCUGGCUUACUGCAGGUGUGCAGAGCCUGAUAAACCAAGCAAUAAAACUUGGGAACUGUGGACUGAGAGAAACGUCACACCCUCCACUGUACCUUGGGCCAACCUGACCGCCAAGGAGUGUAUCGGCCUGCACGGGCAGUUUGUUGGGACGGCAUGCGGCCACCACGGCCCCUACACCCCAGACGUCCUGUUCUGGUCCACCAUCUUGUUCUUCUCAACGUUCUUUAUGUCUGCCUUCCUCAAGCAGUUCAAGACGAGCCGUUAUUUCCCCACCAAGGUGCGGUCCGUGAUCAGCGACUUUGCGGUGUUCUUUACCAUUGUGUUUAUGGUCCUGAUUGACUUUGUGAUCGGAGUGCCCUCCCAGAAGCUAAAGGUGCCGAGCAAGUUCCAGCCUACCAGAGAUGAUCGCGGUUGGUUGAUCAAUCCAAUAGGACGCAACCCGUGGUGGACGGUGCUGGCUGCCUCUAUUCCCGCUCUCCUCUGCACCAUUCUCAUAUUUAUGGACCAGCAGAUCACUGCAGUCAUCAUUAACCGCAAAGAGCACAAGCUAUUGAAGGGCUGCGGGUACCACCUGGACCUGCUGAUGGUGGGGGUGAUGCUCGCCGUGUGCUCCAUCAUGGGCUUGCCCUGGUUCGUAGCAGCAACCGUUCUGUCCAUCUCUCAUGUCAACAGUCUGAAGCUGGAGUCCGAGAGCUCGGCUCCGGGCGAGCAGCCGCGGUUCCUCGGCAUUCGAGAGCAGCGGCUCACCGGCCUGGUCAUCUUUCUGCUCAUGGGCUGCUCUGUGUUCAUGACGGGAGCCCUGCAGUUCAUUCCCAUGCCGGUGUUGUAUGGCGUUUUUCUUUACAUGGGAGCAUCUUCAUUAAAAGGCAUCCAGUUCUUUGAUCGCCUCAAACUCUUCGGCAUGCCGGCGAAGCACCAGCCAGACUUCAUCUACCUGCGACAUGUUCCUUUGAGAAAGGUGCACCUGUUCACGCUCACCCAGCUCACCUGUCUGGUGCUGCUCUGGGUCAUUAAGACGUCGCCUGCUGCCAUCGUCUUUCCCAUGAUGGUGCUGGCUUUGGUUUUCGUCCGCAAGCUGCUGGAUUUGUGCUUCUCCAAGCGAGAACUGAGCUACCUGGACGACUUAAUGCCUGAAUGGAAGAAAAAAAACCUUGAUGAUGCUUCCAAGAAGAUGGAGGAGGAAUCGCAGGGCAUGCUCAACACUAAAAAAGAGGACACAACUGUUCAGAUUCCCAUGGAGAGCUGCAGCAGCAAGCCCUCUCAAUCCCUGAAAGCACACGACCCCAGAUGUGAUCCCUCUGAUAUUAACAUAUCUGAUGAAAUGUCUAAAACCACCGUCUGGAAAUCCCUCAACUCCAAUCAAAGGGACAUUCGUCCUGUGGCUGCUAAAAAGGAUUGAAGAGAUUGCGUUCAUUGAUGAGUAAAGGACAUUGACAGCUGCGGCAGACUCAGCCGGAUCACCUGACUGCAGUUUUGGGCCACAGGAUGCUCCAGUGACAUGUGGCCGCUCCGCCAUCAGCCU